AUGGCCGGACUCUUGAAAAUGACUAGUUUGGUCAAAUUAUCCAAGCAAUCGCUCAUGCUUGUGGUUCUUGGCUUGGCCUUGAUCAAUGCCUUACUCUAUGUGAGACUAGACCCCUCCAAAUCGAAGCUCAAGGCAAACUCAAAGGAGCUCUUGGGCAUCUUCGAUAACGUGCACCACCGUAGUCCUCGACUCAAAGGGAUCAGAACUCGACUGGAGGUGUACGAUGAGAUCUUCGCCCAGAUGAACUUGCACGACUUCAUCACCAAGGAGCUGUACGAGGACAGAUGCGCCAUCUACUUCAACCACUUGACCAUGUCGGUACCAGACUGGUUCGUCAACCCCCACGAGCUGGUUGAAUUGAAGCACGAGGCUUUUGACAACUUCGAUCUGUACAGGGACAACAGAUUGGAGGGCUAUCGUAACGAAAAGGACGAGGCUGAACGUGAAGGAAAGGAGCCUCCUCACCACCCCACUGACGCGGAGAUCAGAGUAGACUACGAAGCUACCAUAAGGCAAAUGAAGACCGAUGAACAACUCGUCCACGACUUUGCAUCCCACGUUCGUGUCUUCGACAGAUGUUUCUUGAAUGGCUACACUUCAGAAAGCGGUCUCAGUAAAACCAAUUUCGUGAAACUGCAAAGAAACUUUCUCAAGCAAAGUAUCGACUUCCAGCCAUCUGCUGCCGACAUGGAUGCCAAGAAGGCCAUCUAUAAGAACCCUGUGACCUGCGCCGAGGUUGAAAACAAGAUCUUUCCUUUCAUUACAAAGGAGUACCCUGUCUUCCAGAAAUGGGAUGGCCUGACCGAGUAUUUCCCAGGCACCAAAUAUUCUUCUAUGCCAUCAAAUCAAUGCUUCCUCACUGACUUCAAGAAGAGAAUGAAUGGAAGAGGUAUUGUGUUGACAAUCGGUGAUGGUCAAGUGGAUGAUGCUGCUAGACUCAUCCGUACCUUGAGAUUCUAUCUUAACAAGUAUCCUAUCCAAAUUCUCUACCACGGCGGUCUCUCUGACACAUCCAUCGAGAGACUUACUCAGGUUUCUCGUGAGGCAUACCAUUCAUUCCCACCUCAAGAUAUCUGGUUCGUGAACACCCACAGAUCCAUCAAGCCAGACUACUUGAACAAGUUUGAAGGAUUUGCAAACAAAAUGAUGGCCAUGCUCUUCAAUUCUUUCGAGGAAAUCAUGUUCUUGGAUGCUGAUGCGGGUCUUUUGAAGGGUCCUGAUUACUUCUUUGACCAUCAAGAUUACUUGAGAACUGGCGCUUUAUUCUACAGAGACCGUAAUGCCCAAGAAUACAGGGGUAAUGCCGAUAUUAAAUUCUUUUCUAAAAUGUUGCCCUCUAUUGAGGACUCUAUCGUCUUCAACAUUGAUCAGGUCACCGACUACACACUCAACAACGGAUUUUUUGAUGGCCACAUGAGCCACUAUAUGGAGAGUGGACUUGUUGUUCUUAACCGUAAGAAGCAUUACAUCCAGCCACUUAUGAUGACCAUCAUUAGUUUCUACAAUCUUGUCCAUGGUAGACUUUAUGGUGACAAGGAGAUGUUCUGGCUUGCAGUGGCCAUUUCUGGCAGAAACGAUUAUUUUUUCAACCAAAAUGUUGCAGCAUCAGUUGGUGAAUUGAUGCCCGCUGCAGGUCAACCAAAUCCAGAUAUGAAGGCCAAACAAUUGUGUUCUGGUCACCCUGCACACAUUGAUGGUAACGACAAUAAGACUUUAGUGUGGAUCAAUUCCGGUUUCAGAUUCUGCAGUAAAUCAGAGUAUUUGGAUUUUAAUUUCAGGGAAGACUUCGAGAGAAAGGACUUAUUCAAAUGGUUUACCAACCUCAGGGAAUUCCUGACAUUUUAUGCUAGCCCUCUCGUUGUCACACACGCAAUUCUUCCUCCUCACAAUCGUGAUGGAGGAAUGCGUAACAUUGAGCACGAGCCAGAGAACAACUGGGAAAUGACCCAGUACUGCCGCGGUUAUCUUUGGUGCGCAUACUCAAGAAUUGGAGGUGUGAUUGAACAAGAUGGUGAGAAGGUAGACAAGCAUUUGGAAGGAACGGUCGUUGAACUAGGAAAGGAACAGAGCGACCAUUUUGCCAAAGUCGCUUCCUUCUGGAUUGAAGACUUGCCAUGGGAAGACACCAAGACCAGAUUUGAUGGUCCUGAUUUUGAUUACGAGCUCGAGCUGGAGGAACACAAAGAUUAA